ACAUUGGGACUAAUUUGGGGCCUGAUAUCGGGAAGUGUAGAUGUAAUUGGUCCUAAUGCAUAAUUUGCUCCGUGGGCAAUUAUAUUUUUAAUUGGGUUUAAUGGUAGUUUUUCGAAAUUAUGUACUGGCAAUAUUUUUUUUUCGUUUCGCUGACUGUCACUUGUGUCACAAAACUAAAAUUUGUCGAGACAUUUCAUACAUAAAUAAACAAAACCCUUGGUCAUUAUAAUCCCAAAUUGACACCAAUUUAUUCCAAUAUUCACGUAAGAAUCUGUCAGUACGUCAAUUUAGGGUCCAAUUGCGAAUUCUCCCCGCGCGCCCGGUGUUCUCGAUUGAUAUGUGCGACGGGUGAAGUUUAUAAUGGCUCCUGUAUUUAAGAAUGAUGUAGUAAAUAGAUUGCUUAACGUGAGGCUGGACGAUGGAGGGCACGGGGAAGAGGUUCCGCCGCAGAACAUGCUGCCUUCUAAUCAGCAGGCGAGGCAAGGGAGCAAUGCGCCUGACGAAGAAAGCGGGCCGUCUUGCGAGCCGAUCGCGUCGUCGUCUGCAAUCGAGAAUCUUCAACCUACGAACAGCAGCGGCGGCCGAUUACACAACUGGCAAGCGACCAAAACGACUGUCAAGGAACGCCUGUCCUUUCUCUUCAACAACGAAAUACUGUGCGACGUCCGUUUUAUUGUAGGUAGGGAGGCGAACCAGCAAGUCAUACCCGCACACAAAUUCGUUCUUUCCGUCGGCAGUGCGGUCUUCGAUGUGAUGUUCAAUGGCGUGCUAGCAACCAAAUCUGAUGAAGUAGAGUUACCUGAUGUAGAGCCAGCGGCGUUUCUCCAUUUACUUAAGUUCCUAUACUCUGAUGAAGUUCGAAUUGGUCCAGAGAGUGUUAUGACAACUCUGUACACUGCAAAAAAAUAUGCGGUAGCCGCUUUAGAGGAGCAUUGUGUAGAUUUUCUUAAGAGCAAUUUGGGUACGGACAAUGCUUUCCUGUUAUUGACACAAGCAAGGCUGUUUGAUGAGCCGCAACUAGCUGCGCUUUGCUUGGAGAUGAUAGAUAAGAAUACAGCUGAUGCUUUAAAUGCUGAAGGUUUUACUGAUAUUGAUCAAGAUACUUUGAAUGCUGUUUUGGAGAGAGACACCCUACGCAUCAGAGAAGCAAAAAUAUUCUCAGCGGUACUUCGCUGGUCAGAAGCUGAGUGCAUUCGAAGACAACUCCCCGUAACACCCACCAACCAACGCACAGCACUUGGACGAGCCUUCAACGCAAUCCGAUUCCCUCUUAUGUCUGUUGAAGAAUUUGCAAUGGGUCCGGCCCAAAGUGGUUUACUUGAUGACCGAGAAAUUGUUCAACUGUUUCUUUAUUUUACCGUAAACCCUAAACCUAAUGUUGGAUUCCUAGACACCCCGAGAUGUUGUAUGACAGGGAAGGAGUUAACGGUGAACAGGUUUCCACAGACGGAGUCACGAUGGGGUUACAGUGGGACUACUGAUCGAAUUAGGUUUACAGUGGACCAAAGAAUAUUUGUAGUCGGAUUUGGAUUGUAUGGAUCGUAUUUUGGGCCUACGGAGUAUGAAGUACAUCUGCAGAUAAUCCACCUAGCAACAAAGAAAGUAUGCGGGUCCAAUACAACGACGUUCUGCUGUGACGGCACCGACGACACUUUCCGCGCCAUGUUCAAGGAACCUGUCGAGAUACUGCCGAACACUUCCUACAUCGCUAGCGCCAAACUCAAGGGCACAGAUUCGUACUACGGCACCAAGGGUCUCCGCCGCGUGACGGUGGACUGCAACAACGGGGAGAAGGUGGUGUUCCAGUUCUCGUACGCGGCCGGCAACAACAACGGCACCUCGGUCGAGGACGGACAGAUACCCGCCAUCAUCUUCUAUAUAUAAGGGAGUCAAUAUACACGGUGUAUCACGAGGAACACGAAAAAACAAGGAAAACAUGUUAUAUGAGUUUAGGUGAUAUUCCCGAAAAAAAAAAUUUUUUGUUUCAUUUUUUCGUUUUUUUCUAAUGUUAUGUACAUAAAAAUCAAAUCUAGUAAACCUGUCAGUUGAAAUCAUUUAUUUUGUAAAACCUAGUUUUUGCAAAGAAGGAAAAAAUGUUAUAUGAGUUUAGGUGAAUUUCCCCAAAAAAAAAUUAUUGUGUUUGAUAUUUUUAGUUUUUUUAAAGUUAUGUGCAUAAAAAUCAAAUAUUAUUAGUAAACCUGUCACUUAAAAUGAUUUCUUUUUUGUAAAACCUAGUUUUUGCAAAGAAAGAAAAAAUGUUAUAUGAGUUUAGGCCAAUUACGCUUAUUGAUUUUUUUUUAAUAUAUAUUUGUACAUAAAAAAUAAAUGUUAUUAGUAGCUGUCACUUAAAAUGAUUUUUUUUUGUAAAACCUAAUUUUUGCUAAGUGAUAUUUGUCACAAAUAUCGUAUAUGAUUUAUAAUUGUAGCGUAUUUUCUGUGACUUAUAAUUCAAAAGUGAUUUUUAAUAAAAAAAAGACGUCAAGAUCGCUUACCUUCUUUCUAUGGCUAACAAAAACGAACGCUAAGUAACAAUAAUUUAUUUUAAUUUUUAGUGGCAUUAACUCUGAAACUAGGCGAAUACCAUAAAAGUUUAAAGGACAUUUUAGUCUUUAUAAAUUUUAAAUAUGAACAGGAAUACACUAUUAAAAAUUUUCGGGUUCCACGUGAAACACCGUGUAUGUACAUUUCAGCCAGUCCAUACGAACCAUUUUUUUUUGUAUCACAGAUGCUACCACAACAGUUCGUUGCCCCAGUCUACCCAGCUGAACAUUUUAAACCCGCUUUUUGUAUACAUAUUAAUGUCAAUAACGGGUGACAUUUCAGCCAGGUUGCAUUAGCUAUGGUCAAAGAAGACCAAAAUAAUGAAAAUAAACGCGUUAUAAGCCCUGCCUGUGAAGCCGAUGGUCCCGAGUUCCUGAUAACGAACAAAUAUUUGGUGGUUUCGGUGUGGUAUUAUAUAUUUGGUGAUGAACAGAAAUAUUUGUUCCUGAGUCACUCGAGCCUUCUUGAGCUUACUGUGGGGCUUAGUGAACUGUAAUUUUUGCGUCUCCGUUUCAGCUUUCGCAUUAAAUAAGUAAAAUAAAAAAAAUAAAAUAAAAAUUAUUUAUUCUCAGACAAUUAAUAUAGUCCAUAUUUGUUAGUAUCAACUUACAACCUAUGUUAUGUUACCUUCCGCACAAUAAAUUACAGAAAUUAAAUUAGGUAACUUUAGAUUGCUGGUUAUCUUGGCCGAUUUACCGAACUGCACGUUUGUGAACAUGCAAUUCGAUAAAUCGUCCCAAAAUACCGGAAUCUAACCGCUCGGCUAUCAUUUUCAGGAUCCCGUUGGUGCUCCCGCGUAUACGGUGUACCACUGAUGCAUUCUUUUUUCGCAUAAUUGCAUAAAAAUCAUCUACAUGUGCGUCCGCAAACAUGCCAGAAGCACUACAGUAUCGCGGAAGCCUCAACAGGGCCCUGAAAACGUUGUUAUACUGGACCCUUAGAGAGUCAAAGGAUUUCUGCUUAAAAUUAGCCCACAGGCCACUAGUAUAAAAACAUUGGCAAUACGCACGGAAUAAAGUAAUUUUGACCUCCAUGCUACACUUAGCGAACCUGUGCGCCAACAUACCGCCACGGACGGAUAAUGCCCUCCUCUCCCUCUCCAUGUCCAUGUCAUCUUUUAAAUCCUCUGUCUCUACGUGACCUAGGUAUUUGAAAUGGGUAACACGGUUUAAAGCAGUUCCAUUUAACAUAAUAGGAGGCACAUUCGCCGGACCCUUAUUUCUACCUUUAAUUACCAUAAACUCGCUUUUCUUUUCAUUAUACUUUAAACCAUGUUGUACCGCAUAUUCUUGGCACACUUGGCGAAGUCGCAUUUCUCAACCGAUUCUGGAUGGUAGAUGGUUCGAAAUGGUCGCGUACUGUGCGGUUCAAGAGGAAUUACCUCCCGCGGACGCUCCGGCUGAGGAAUGAGCUCCCUUCCGAGGUUUUUCCGAGGGUCUACAGUAUGGGGUUCUUCAAAAAAGGAGUGUACAGGUUUUUAAAGGGUCGGCAACGCGCAUGUAACACCUCUGGAGUUGCAGGCGUCCAUAGGCUGCGGUGACUGCUUACCAUCAGGCGGGCCGUAUGCUUGCUUGCCACCGUCGUGGUAUAAAAAAAAGAUAAAUUCUGUGAGCAAGUUGGAUUUGUAUGGUAGAUUCGGUUUUGUAAUUUUUUAAUUUUUUUUUUAAUUGUGAUGUCAUGGAGUGUACAGCUCAGAGCCAGCCAGCUCUGUGAUAUAAAAACAAGGUUUUGCUGUCAAUAGCGAGGGAAUCCAUAGAAUUAAUGAUAACAGAAAAAUUAUUGAUUCCUAAAAUAUCGUUAACAGAGUGCAUACUAGGCAUAGAUAGGGUCACUAAGACAAAACUGUGCCUACAUAACCUUGAUUUCUUCGAAUCAGGGCCAGUAAAUUUCAUGCCGUUGACGCAAAAAUGACGUAAUUUACCAUGCAGGCUGUUUUUUUAUAACACUGCAAGUUAACUAAUCUAUUAACGCGUGGAAAAAUAAAUACUUGUUACGAAAAAUACGCUGUUAAAAAUCAAAAAUAUGUAUUAUUUACUAAAAUACUUGUUGAGUGACAAAAUAAGAUGAAAGUCAGCAUUACGUUCUGUACUGAUUGUCAAGUAUAUCAGUAAGGUAUCUAAAAAUGAUUAAUUAUUACGAAAGAUUAAUUGGAAUCAUACUCUAUGUAGCGUGACGUCAUUUUUCCGUCAACGGCAUGACAUGUACGGACCCUGCUUCGUAUUAAGUGACACGCACACAUUCACAAUUCUAAGCGGUGAAUGGCUAAAACCCGAUAAGUGAGUAUGUGUGUGAAAUCGGUUUGGCAUGAAGUCGUAGUUUUGUCUUAGCGGCCCUUCCUAUAUGUGCCUACUUUUUGGUUAUCUGCUAGUAUAUUGUAAAUUCUAGGUAUAGAUCGGUUAUUAUAUGUUUCUCACUCUAGGCAUUCGGUCUUAUUCUAGCGUGUUGGGGCUAUAUACGUGAUAUAAGGUAAAUGUGCAAUGGAUUUAAUAACGUAGAAAAUAAUAUUGAUUUUGAUACCGAUACAAGGAGUAAAUGAUAUAAGUUUUAAGAUCUAGAACUCCUGAUAAAAAUAUAUGUUUUUGUACAUAGUUAUUUCUAAUUAUUCACGAGUUUUUCUUGAUAAAUUACAAUUUUUUUUUUCAUUGCUAUAUUUUUUGUAAGUGAUACGCCAUUUCUACUCAGAACCACCAUCUUUUUUGAAACGAAUAAAAAGAAGAAAUAGACCAUAAAAAAUUACCCGAAGUUUUUUUCUUUCGUGCUACCUACUUUUUUCCAUUGAAGUACCUAUAUUACAACUUUGUAUGGCGGUAGCAUAUAUAAAAGUUUAGAAAAUGUAUAGAUUACCGAGUAUGUUUGUCACCAAACGGGCGGAAUCGAUCCGCGUCGGAGCGCAUUUUCAAUGUGCCUAUACAUCAUGUAUGGCAGACGCGAUGGAGUCCGUCCGGAGCCGUCCGCGUCCGCGAGCAGCCGACCGGCUUGCGGCCCUACUAAUAUGAAAUACGCUCCGACGCGGCCCGACUCCGCCCGUUCAAUGAGAAUCGUACUUAAGGCUGCCUACCUCUCCAGUGAGGCGGAGCGGAGCGGAGAUGUGAGAAAUAAUAACAAGUUCCCUUGAGUACUUCUACUUUUGUAAAUUUCCUUUACUUUUCUGGUACGAAAUCAUAUCUAUUUAUAUUAUAUAUUGAAUAUUUAUGUAUUUUUAUUUGUAUGCAUUAUUUGUAUUUAUUUUAUGGUUAUUUUUCUAUCUAUGUAUAUUUGUAUCAAUAUGUAUUAAACUUAAACUUAUAUUUCAUUUAUUUCAGUGAUUGUACACUUUUUUUUAUGUCUGUCAUUCAUUCAUCGUUACUUCUACUCAUUUCCUCAAAGGUUAACUGGAAGAGAACCCAUACAGGGAUAAGUUCGCCUUUGUUAUAUUUAAUUUACUCUGUAACUGUGUUUUUCGUGUUUUUAUUUACAAUAAAGUAUAUACAUACAUAUAUACAUAAUCUUCGCUGGAUUACAACCAAUGCUAUUGGUUGAUUCCGUCCGCGUCCGCGAGCAGCCGACCGGCUUGCGGCCCUACUAAUAUGAAAUACGCUCCGACGCGGCCCGACUCCGCCCGUUCAAUGAGAAUCGUACUUAAGGCUGCCUACCUCUCCAGUGAGGCGGAGCGGAGCGGAGAUGUGAGAAAUAAUAACAAGUUCCCUUGAGUACUUCUACUUUUGUAAAUUUCCUUUACUUUUCUGGUACGAAAUCAUAUCUAUUUAUAUUAUAUAUUGAAUAUUUAUGUAUUUUUAUUUGUAUGCAUUAUUUGUAUUUAUUUUAUGGUUAUUUUUCUAUCUAUGUAUAUUUGUAUCAAUAUGUAUUAAACUUAAACUUAUAUUUCAUUUAUUUCAGUGAUUGUACACUUUUUUUUAUGUCUGUCAUUCAUUCAUCGUUGCUUCUACUCAUUUCCUCAAAGGUUAACUGGAAGAGAACCCAUACAGGGAUAAGUUCGCCUUUGUUAUAUUUAAUUUACUCUGUAACUGUGUUUUUCGUGUUUUUAUUUACAAUAAAGUAUAUACAUACAUAUAUACAUAAUCUUCGCUGGAUUACAACCAAUGCUAUUGGUUGAUUCCGCACAUCGCUCCGCUUCAGUGGACAGGCAGCCUUAGUGACAUUUUUCCAAAUAAACUGAGUAGAAAUAACAUAAAUGAUGCGGUAAAAACAUACAUAACAUUAAGUUCUUUUAUAAGAAAUGCUCUCGAAGAAUUUCAUAAUCAUAUGUGUCGAAGUCUUUCCAAAGGUUACUUUAUCGCUCACCAUAAGGACGAGAUUUGCUUGUAUCUAUAUACGAAUAAUCUGUCAAAGCGACCCUACGGCAAGCGACAAAGUGGGACUUCUUACUUGGAAGCGACACAAUCAUCAUACCUUUAAUUUAUAGAAUUACCUAAAACCAUUGACUGAAGGAUCUAAUAACCCACCUAACUAAAAACUAUAGUUCCUUUGUUCGUGAUUACAUGACAUUAAACAUAUCACAUUGUUAGGGCCACCCCACACUAGCGUCUCCCGAGCGUCGGCGUCUAGUCAACUCUAUGGCUGCUGCUCGACGCAACGUGGGCGCAACUGCGCAGCGACGCCAUUUUCCAUAGCGAUGACUAGACGCUGACGCUCAAAAGACGCUAGGGUGGGGUGGCCCAACCCAUUCAGGGCUAAUCACGACCCGAAUCAUUUCCGCUACAUACCGGGAAACCCAUGUUACCGGCUACGACCGUAGCUCAGCGGUGGAUGUGUUAAGAGGAAAUAUUAGCGUUAGGGAACAAGCUUACGGCCUGAUGGAUAGCGGCAAAGAGAAUUUGAAAUAGAAGUGGAUUAUCAAAGAAAAUGUUGUAGCCACAGUAAAUUUACUGCCAUCUCUCGACACAUUAUUAAAACUUUUAGAACGCCAUUUGACGUUGAUCCUUAUACUUUCACUGAUGUGUUAAAUAUCAAAUAUCGCGACGUUAAAGUGCAUUUUCAGAUAUUUAUGAGUACCUUGGCCGCACCGAUAUAUCUGGUGACCACUGAACGGUCAAAAAAUGCGGAAGCAUGGGUCUAAUAUUUAGAAACCAUCGGUAAAGAAAGUUGUCCACUUUAUUCCGCCGUUUGUGGAGAGGUUGUGGAUGGUUACUUAGUUUGGCGAAAAGUGUAUUUUAGUCACUAUUCUUUUUUCUUACAAAAACCAUACAAGUCAGGCAUACAGCCAAACAUUCGUUGAAAACAUUGACAUAUAUCUAAGGACGGGCAAUAAGAAUGGGGCCAGGGUGCCUACCGCGAAAACCGAAAUUCACAAAUUGCGGGGAUCUUUCUCUUUUACUCUCACUAAGACGUAAUUAGAGUGACAGAGAAAAAUGCCCGCAAUUGACGAACUUCGAUUUUCGCGGUAGGCCUCCAGUACAGCGGUGUCACGCACACGAAUUCGAGCCAAUCGUGCAGUCUAACGCCUUAGUUGCACGAUUGGCUCGAAUUCAUGAGUGACACCAGUGAACUAGCACCAUUAUUAGUGCCCGUAAGGCCCGUCCUUAGAUAUAUUAUAUGUCAAUGGUCGAAAAGCUCAUAGUAAACCAUAUGUAACCUCUCACUAACCGACUGAGUUAAGCAGUAGAAAAUAAAGUUCAGAGGUGCUUGGGACAUCACUUUCAUUAUUCCUAAAAUAUUAAAUAAAAAAUGUAUAGCUUUUUUGGUACCACUAAUAAGAAAUGAUAAAUGUGUAUUAUACACCGUGUUUUUAUUAAAUUCCGUUAACUUCGGGGUAUCGGUAAGUACGUUUAAGGAAACUAAUGGCAUAGUUAAUUUUCAAAAAAAGAACAUUUUAAUUUUUUAAUUAUUUUUAUUUUUGUAAUAAGUAGGUAAUUAAAUGUUGCAUAUAGCGUUGUUGUAACACGGGCAUUACGUUGAACUUAACCAAACAAUUGAAAACUGUGACAUUUCAAUGUCAUUUUGAACAUCAAUCGUCCGAGAUAGUAUUUAUGUUUAGUAGCAAAUGUAUUAACUCAUACUAAACACUAAUCAAUAUGUAAAGAGGCCCUAAGCCAAGUGUACACGCUCGUAAGGGCCUUAUAAGAAAAAAAAGUUAAAUAUGUAUUAUCUCCGAAAUGGAAUUAAUUAGAAUACCGGUGUCUUUGAGAAAGUUACUUAAUUUAAGCUCGCGAUGCACCCUUGAAAUUAACGGAAAUAAAAAAAACACGGUGUAUAAUUGUAUCGCUUUUAAACAGUGUCACAAAAAAUAAUGUAAAUUAAUGAACUAUUUAAAAGAACAACUAAUAACCAAUAUUUAAUUUAAAAAAUACUUAGAUUUAGAUGAUAAAUUAUGUUAUAGCCAGUAUUUAUUUUCUUGAAUAAAAAAACAUCAAUUGA